CCAUACUUCUCUGCAUCACAACUUCGUCCCCAACCUGACAGCUCAAUAAAUUCGAGAAAUAUGGCCAGCAAACAAACGACGACAAGAGCGGACCGCAUCGGAUCCCUGCUCUUCUGCCCGGCUUGUGGGACCUUGUUGUCAUUACCGGGGGAUAUGGAUGAGAUUGCCUGUGAACAAUGUGGACGACGGGAACCGGCGAGUUCGUAUGAGAACCUGGACGUCAAGACCUACUCGCAUCCCAACGCCUUUCCCUCAUCAUUACGUCAAAAGCGAGCGCUCGUCCAGGGCCACAAGGACGAUGGGACUCGACAAAAGGACGACGAUCCGGUCGUCCAGGAGAAGUGCGAAAAGUGCGGGCAUAUUGGAUUAUCCUACAAGACGAUGCAGUUGAGGAGCGCGGAUGAAGGAGCGACCGUCUUUUACAAGUGUCUGAACUGUGGUGAUCAAACUCGACUGAACAACUAGUUUGGGACUGCUUCUCCAUCACCUCCGGGCAUCAUCUUGGCGUAUCCUUCUAGCCCACGCCGGCCCCUCUCGAUGACUAUCGACCUUUUUUGUUGUUUGUAUCCUGUACUUGACACGCAUCCCUGUACUCCCGGGCAUGAUCAUAAUCUCUCGACUGA